GCCGGGCAAUCCUGUUAUGCCCAAGGGCCCGCAACCCUCAGGCGUUUCGCUCACCGGGGAUACGCAACGCACACGACACAGGAUCCGCAAGGUAAUCAAGCGCAAGGUGCGAAAGCCGUCGCACGCCCGCGGAGCAUCUGCGGGCAGAAGUAGGGCGGCGGGCAAGAGCAGAGGCAAGAGCAAGGGCAAGAGCAAGGGCCCACCGCCGGCAUCAUCGGCAGGCAUGUCGUCUCUGGGUGGCCAUAUCGAAUCGAAAACCGGCGAUGCAGAGCAGGCCAAAGAGGCGGUCACCUACCUCAUGUCGCGGCGCACACCGUCGAUCACCGAGUUUGGCCGCAGGCUGCACUCAACCAUCGAUCCUGACGCACACCGCGACAGCUCGCCAAUGUCGUCAAUGACCCAGCUUGGCUCGCUGAGCGAAGUGCCGGCGUACGUCUCCAUGCCUACAGGGCGGAUGUCGCCAGAGAACGAGAUCUCGUCGCUGCCGAUCAUCUCCGGGUCGUCGACAGCAUGUGACGGCGUGGACGAGUCACCCCCGGUUUCCAGUAUGGUAGCCUCACUUGGCACGCCCGAAUCGCCGUCGGUUGUCCUUGUCAUGGCUGCGGAGCAGAGGGACAAGGCCAACACUUCGUUCAUUCAUAUGACCUCGCUGUUUCUCCGGCUCAAGAAGCUGGUGUACGCAAUCCUCCUUCACCACAAGGCUGCACACAUCGACACCCAUGGCCUCGUCUUUGUGGCCGUCUUUGAGAAGACCCAGGCUGCAGUUCUGUCGGCGCUCGAGUUGCAGGCUCGUAUCAAGUCGUACAACGAGGAGCAGCAGAGUGCUGAGCAGCUCGGUUUCUGUGUCGACAUUGCCUUUGGCCUCGCCCUCGGACGGCUGAUGGUCAAAUCGGAUGAGACCGGGCGCGUGCUUGGCAAGGCCAAGGCGUCAGCGUGGCAGCUUGCAAAGCUCGGGCUGGAGCAGAGCGGCGGCAUCCUGGUGGCGACCGAGCUCGUCCGGGAGUGGGACACGACCAAGUCGCCGAUCUCUGUGCUCAAGCUGACCGAACCUCAGGAGAACCUCGCCGGCGAGAGCUACUGUUCAGUCUUUGGCACCAAGGGCAAGAUCCGCAUCUCGGAGCGGGCGCCACUUUCGCUCUCGGACUACAUGCGCGAGUACAAGGAGGCGCCCGAGUUCUUUGACCUUCUUCUUUCGCGGGUCGAGGCCGCGGUCUCGUCGCCACGCGAGCUGGCAACCAUCGACGCCGCCAUCGACGCCAAGUACGGCGCCGAGCUUGUUGUCAUUGCACUUGGCCUGCGGGCUCCGACGUUUGACUCGCUAUCUGAGUGCAUCACCUCGAUGCUGCAGCGGCGCAUGCUGUUCACGUGCAUCCACGAGCUUGUGACCCGGCGCGGGGGUGUGGUCAUCGACAAUACCACGUUUACUUUUGCGCAGCUUGAACCGGCGCUUGCGGCGGCAGUUGAUCUACACGAGUUCUUCACUUUUGACGCCUUUCGCUCAGCGGCACACAACGUUUCAUCGCUCUUCUCGCCAGCACGGAUGCACUACACCGGGCUCGGCGUGGCAUGCGGCAAGGUGGUCCACGUCAAGUCAAGCACCAAGGCAACAGUGUUUUUCCAGGGCGAUCCAGUCCGGGCCUGCCGCAUUCUCUGCCACGAGAACGAGGCGAGCAUCUCGUAUCCGGUACAGGCACCGUCAACGCCACACCCGGGUGUGAUUGCGGUAACCCACCCGGUUGUGGCUGGGGUGAGCAAGCUCGCGGCGACCGCGCCCAACUCGAUUGCAAGCGCAUACGAGUUUAGUGACGCGCCGCAAGAGUCUGAGCUGGGCGAAGCGGCGUACAUCAUGUACAUGGACCACUUUAAGCACGUCUCGCUUGACCGCGAGCGGGUGAGGUGGUACGACGGGCAGAGCCUUGGUGUGCUUGUUACUGAUCUCUCGGGCUUUACCCGCAUGACCAAGAAGCACGGCAUCAUCCACUUUAUCUCGCUCAUCCAUCGGGUUCGACAGCUGCUCACACCGCUCUUUGACGACCUCGACGCGCUGUUUGUGGAGACCGAGGCGGAUAACUUUAUCGUGCUCUUUGACGAUCCAGUCAAGGCGCUCAUUGCUGGCGUCCAUGUCCCGCUCAUUCUCGAGGCGUACAACAACGACCCUAGCUUUGUGGUCGACGACGAUUUCCAGCUCAAGCUCGGCGGCGUCGGCCUCGGGUACGGCGGCGGCGUGGCCUUUGAUACGGUGUCGGAAAAGUUCUUUGGCUCACCGUUUGAUCGAGCGUGGGAUCUCGGUGAAGACAUCUCGUCGUCGGGCGGCGUGUUGCUCGACGCAGAGAUGUAUGCAGCAGUCAAGGACUCGGUUCUUGGGGAGUCACUCGCCUUUGCGCGCGAGCCGCCACACCCCGAGUACGGCUAUGAUGGCGGGGUGCACUACAGCGUGUCAGCACCACUGGCGCUUCUCAACCUCUCCAAGUAUCUGCCCAAGGAAGCCAAGGUAACCUCGCUGGCCGACGCAGCCAUUGAGGCCUCGUGGUCGGCGUCGGAUGCCGAGUCGUCGCGGUCGGGCCCGUCGCCGGCCAAGGCUGUGGCUGGCGCGCUGUUGGCACCGACUCCUGCGCCGCGGCACGGGCCGUCGCUUCGCAAUGCAGUAGCGGCGCUACCAACCUCGUUCUCAGCCAUGGUCGAAUCACGGGUCAAUGUCAACACGUCUGCGGCGUUUAUGGACGAACUCAUCGAGCGCAAGUAUAUGACCCACAAGACGGCGGUGAUGGUAGGCUGGGACUAUGCCUCGCUUUCGGGCUCAUAUGGUGUUACGCAGGCUAUUCGCAUCUGCCAGACCACGCUUCGUGCGCUCAAGCACAUGGUUGACAAAGCUGGCGGGCGCUGCGUCAACUCGAUUGUAUGGCUCUUCGAUUCGAACCUCGAAGCACUCGAGGCGGUGUGGCGCAUCCGCGCGUCUAUCCAGGCUGUGAACGCGGAGCGCGAGCCGGCAGACCACAUUCCGCUCACCGGGUUUGGCGUCCACUGCGGAACCAUUCUCCGGGUCGAUGAAACGGGCGAGUUUUGGGGGGAUCCGCUCAACGUUGCGUCCAAGCUCGGCGAGGACGUCGCUUCCAACAGCGACGUCUACAUCACAGCCGAGGUCUACGCCGACGCCGCGACUGCGGGGAUGGACACCGACUUUGCCUUUGACGCCAAGCAAGUGGUCAUUUCCAAGACGCGUCUGGCCUAUUACCACAUGCGGCCGCGCGAUCAUCGGCUCCCGACUGCGCUGCCCUCGUUCUCGCCGGAGAUCAACGUCUGUCCGCCGUCGUCAGGCAUGUCGGAGAACAGCCUGACUCUCCCAUCGCCUGCCGACCGCCACAGCGCAGCGACAACCAUCCAGCGAGUCUACCGCGGCUAUGCCGUGCGCGAGACCAUGGUCCGCCGCGAGCGCGCGGCGCGGUCAAUCCAGCGGUUCAUGCGGGCGUGCACGCGGGCCAAGGACAAUGUUGCGGCCCGGCAUGCUGUCGAGGCUGAGGCCGGCGGCGAGUCUGGGAGUGAGGACUGGGAGUGGAUCUGGGACUGGGACUGGGUCUGGAAGCGGAUCAGGGACUGGGUCGUCGUCGUCGUCGUCCUCUUCCUCCUCGUCGUCGUCCUCCUCGCCGUCUUCUGCAUCCUUAGAAGAGCUUUAGCCAAGUAA